GGGAUCCUCGGUUCCUGUUGCUGUCCUGGGGGGCUGGCAGGGUACCCAUCCCAGUUCCUGGGAGGGGUCAUUGCAGGGCAGAGAUGCCCCAGGGUGACAGGCGGGGUCUGGAGGUGGCAGAAGGCAGGAUUUACCCCCCUGUCACAGGGAGCUUGGCUUCACCCACCCCUCACAAUAUCUGGGGAGAGGUUUGGUGUGGCUGAUCCUCCCCUGGUGGCAUCCCUCGUCAUCUGGCCCCUGGAGACACCAGCACACCCGGCUGUGGCAGUGCCCAGGGUCCUUGCCUAAAAGCAGUGGGUAAAACCCUUCCUCCUUUAUUUUGGCAGAUGCAAUGGUAGCCCAUCCUCUGUUUGUCCUGACCCCACUGGGUGCUGAGCACUGUCAGUAACCCCACAGCAGUGGCACUACACAGUAUGGGCCUGUUGUGCCUCCUGUGCCUCUGGCUGGUGCUCGCCCUGGCCCCUCUGAGUGCCGGUGCCUGGCAGUGCCCCCUCAUCCCAUACAGCUCCACCAGGAACUUCUCUGUCCCCUACACGCUGCCCAGCCUCGACGCCGGCAGCCCCAUCCAGAAUGUUGCCGUCUUUGCCGACUCUGACGGCACAGUUGCCAUCUUUGUGGCCGUCCGUAACCGCAUCCUGCUGGCCAGCGCCGAGAUGCGCCUCCUCUCCAUCCUUGUCACCGGCCCAGUGGGUAGUGCCAAGUGUGAGAUCUGUCGCCUGUGCCCGGCCACCACAGAUGGCCCCGAGGACACGGACAACGUCCUGCUGCUGCUGGACCCGCUGGAGCCAUGGCUGUACAGCUGUGGCACGGCACGGCAUGGGCUGUGCUACCAGCACCAGCUGGAGGUGCGGGAUGGGAAGGUGACCAUCACAGAAACACACUGCCUGUACUCGGCCACGGGCAACAGCCCCACACUGUGUCCUGACUGCGUGGCCAGCCCCCUGGGGACCAGUGCCACUGUGGUGGCCACCUCCUACGCCUCCUUCUUCUACCUCGGCUCCACCAUCAACAGCAGCGUGGCAGCCCAGUACAGCCCACAGUCGGUGUCCGUCCGCAGACUGAAGGGCACCUUGGACGGCUUUUCGGGUGAUUUCCAGUGGCUGACGGUGCUGCCACAAUACCGCGACAACUACACCAUCCACUAUGUGCACUCCUUUGCCGACGGGGACCACGUCUACUUCCUCAUGGUGCAGCCGGAGCGGCCGGGCUUGCCCGUGUACCACACGCGCCUGGCACGGCUCAGCACUCAUGAGCGCGACCUCCGCCGCUACCGCGAGCUCGUCCUCGACUGCCGCUUUGAGUCCAAGCGCCGGCGCCGGCGGCGCAGCGGCGAGGAGGAUGACGAGCGGGACAUUGCCUACAACGUGCUGCAGGCAGCCCACACUGCCCGCCCUGGUGCCCGCCUGGCCCGUGACCUCGGCAUCAACGACACCGACACGGUGCUCUUCGGCGCCUUCGCCGAGAGCCAGCCGGAGAGCCGGAUGCCACAGGAGAACUCGGCUGUCUGCGCCUUCCCAAUCCGCCUCCUCAACCAGGCCAUGGAGGAGGGCAUGGAGAAGUGCUGUGGCAUCGGGCAGCAGCCUCUGCUGCGGGGGCUCAGCUUCUUCCAGCCAGUGGAGUACUGCCCGCACAACGUGAACCUCUCGGCACCAGUGAUAAACACCAGCUGCUGGGACCAGCCCACCCUCGUUCCUGCCGCCUCCCACAAGGUGGACCUGUUCAAUGGGCAGCUGACCGGGGUCCUCCUCACCUCCAUCUUCGUCACUGCCCUGGGGGAUGUCACUGUGGCCCACCUGGGCACAGCAGAGGGACGCAUCUUCCAGAUGGUGCUCCAGCGUUCCAGCUCCUACCUCCUGACCUUGGCCAACUUCUCCCUGGGGGAGUCAGGGCCGGUGCAGGGUGCCAUGGGGUCGCAGAGCCACUCGCUGUUCUUCGCUGCGGGCACCAAGGUGUGGCGCCUGAACGUCACCGGCCCAGGCUGCCGCCACUUCUCCACGUGCCAGCGCUGCCUGCGUGCCGAGCGCUUCAUGGGCUGCGGCUGGUGCAGGGGUGGGUGCACGCGCCGCCACGAGUGCGCCGGCCCCUGGGUCCAGGACAGCUGCCCACCCGUCCUCACCGACUUCCACCCCCGGAGUGCCCCGCUGCGGGGUCGGACACGGGUCACGCUCUGUGGCAUGACCUUCCACUCCCACUGGGACCCCGACCCCAGCCGCAGACCCCCCGCUGCCUACCGGGUGACAGUGGGACAGCGAGGCUGCACUGUGCUGCCGCAGGAGAGUGGGAGACCCCCGCCCUCCUCCCGCCGCAAGGAGUUUGUGAAUGUGCUGGUGUGUGAGCUGGAGCCGGGGGGUCCAGCAGCAGCGAGGGGCCCGGCCAACGUGGUGCUCACUGUGGAGGAGCCCACCAGACCCUCUGGCUUCCAUGUCCAAGGCUCCGCCACCCUUGGUGGCUUCAUCUUCGUGGAGCCACACAUCAGAUCCCUGCAUCCCCCGUUUGGCCCCCGGCGGGGUGGCACCCACCUCUCACUCCAUGGCACCCACCUCUCUUCAGGGAGCAGCUGGAGGGUGAUGGUCAACGGCUCCGAGUGUCCCCUGAUCAGGCAGCCCAGUGACAACGGGACAAUUCAAUGCACGGCUCCCACCGCCAGUGGCCUGGGUGCAGCCUUGGUGGCCCUGUGGAUCGAUGGGGAGGCAUUCCCAGCCCCCCUGCCAUUCCAAUACCGCCCUGACCCCUCUGUGUCGGCCAUCAUCCCCAACUGCAGCUAUGAGGGCUCGGUGCUCACCAUCAUUGGCACCCACCUGGACUCCGUGUAUCGCGCCAAGAUCCGCUUUGAAACCAGAGGCGUGACUACCAAAACCACAGAGUGUGAGGACCCGCUGGCACCGGAGCGGCUGCUGUGCCGCAGUCCAGCCUUCCCCUUAAAGAACAAGGCUGAGGUGGUGCUGGGGAACAUGAGCGUGCUGCUGGAUGGCGCUGAUGGCCGCUGGCUCUUCCACCUCCACUACUACUCCUGGCCCGAGUUCUUCCCCUUGAAAAAGGAGGGCGGGCGCUUCCGCCUCAAGCCUGGCGAUGAUGAGAUCAAGGUGCAACAAUUGGGCCUGAACGCCUUGGCCACCUGCAUGAACAUCACCAUGACAGUGGGGGGCCGGGACUGCCACCCCAACGUCCUGAUCAAUGAGGUGACGUGCCGCCUGCCCCGGGAGCUAAACCUGCCCCCUGCUGGGGCCCCCGUGGAGAUCUGUGUGAAUGGCGCUUGCAAAGCACUGGGCUGGGUGCUGUCCCCCCCCACCUCACUGAACCUGGCUGCCAGCCUGGCCCUGGGCAUUGGCAUCACCUUCCUGGUCUGCUGCAUCCUGGCUGCCGUGCUGCUCCGCUGGUGCUGGAGGAAGAAGCGAGGGACGGAGAACCUGGAGCUGCUGGCGCAGCCCGGCCGCAGCAACCCCCCUGUCACCACCCAGCGCCCCGGCGUCGACUACAGGGAGGUGCUGGUGCUGAACACAGCAGGCACUCCCAGCCCCGUGGGGACCCACACACGAAUCACCAGUGCCGGCGCUGGUGCCAGUGCAGCAGGCGGUGGAUCCCCCAUGCCCCUGCUCAGAGCCACAUCCUGCUGCUUGGAGGACCUGCGGCCAGAGCUGUUGGAGGAGGUGAAGGACAUUCUCAUCCCCGAGGAGCGGCUUGUCACCCACCGUCACCAGGUCAUCGGCAAAGGGCAUUUCGGCAGUGUCUACCAUGGCACCUACUCGGACCCACUGCUGGGGGACCUCCACUGCGCCGUCAAGUCCCUGCACCGCAUCACGGACCUGGAGGAGGUGGAGGAAUUCCUGCGCGAGGGCAUCCUCAUGAAGAGCUUCCACCACCCCCAGGUGCUCUCGCUGCUGGGGGUGUGCCUGCCCCGCCAUGGGCUGCCUCUCGUCGUCCUGCCCUACAUGCGCCACGGGGACCUGCGCCAGUUCAUCCGCGCCCAGGAGAGGAGCACCACAGUGAAGGAGCUCAUAGGCUUCGGGCUGCAGGUGGCCCUGGGCAUGGAGUACCUGGCCCAGAAGAAGUUUGUGCAUCGGGACCUGGCAGCCAGGAACUGCAUGCUGGACGAGACACUGACGGUGAAGGUGGCUGACUUUGGGCUGGCGCGGGAUGUGUUUGGCAAGGAAUACUACAGCAUCCGGCAGCACCGGCACGCCAAGCUGCCGGUCAAGUGGAUGGCACUGGAGAGCCUCCAGACCCAAAAAUUCACCACCAAAUCGGAUGUGUGGUCCUUCGGGGUGCUCAUGUGGGAGCUGCUGACACGGGGGGCAUCGCCGUACGCCGAGGUGGACCCCUACGACAUGGCCCGCUACCUGCUGCAGGGGAGACGCCUGCCACAGCCCUCCCACUGCCCUGACACGCUGUACGGGGUGAUGCUGAGCUGCUGGGCACCGGCGCCCGAGGAGAGACCGUCCUUCACGGGGCUGGUGGGAGAGCUGGAGCGUGUCCUGGCCACACUGAAGGGUGAGCACUAUGUCAACCUGACUGUCACCUACGUCAACCUGGAUUGGGGUCCUCCCUUUCCUCCUGCCCCACCGGGGCAGCUACCUGAUAGCGAGGAUGAGAGCAAGGACAACGAGGAGGAGGAGGAAGAGGAGGAGGAGGAUGCAUCUGUGUGCUAAUGGGAUGCCCUGCACUGGAGAGGCUCCUGGACCCCCAUACACCGUGGGCACACUCCCCAGAGGAGGGAUGUAGCAUGCAGCCGGAUGCUAUGGAGCACAUUCCCUAUGGGAUGGGUGCUAGGAGGCAGAUGGGUGCUGUGGGAUGCUCUCCCAUGGCUCACACCCAGACCCUGCUGGGUGCUCCCCAGGCUUGGUCCCAUGCCCCCCAUGUUGGGGGCCUCAGUCCUGAGCUGACUGGGUGCUGGGGGACUCAACCCCACAGUGAUGAGGCUGUGCUGUGGGGUUUGGGGCUCAGCCUCACAGUGGCAGAUGCCGUGGAGGCCCAGGUGGAGCCCCACCAGGUGCUGUGGGGUAGCCUGGCCCUCCUAGGGCUCCCAUGGCAUUUUCAGCUGUUGGUUGCUCGAAUCACUCAUUAAAAUGUAAUUAUAUUUUU